AGAUCUAAGAGGGCUGACUAAGUGGCAAAGCUGUUCGCGAGCACGUGUUGGCGGGGAAGAGAUUAAUGGAAGAAUCUCGUGGAUAUCCCUGUUAAAGAAAACUGUGGAGAAAACCAAAUUGAAAUCGUCACCAUGGCUGAACAAGUCACUGACGGGGUUGGAGACAUUGUGCACCAAUUGGGGCCCGCCACUGAGUUGCCCCAGGAGGGCUUGGCGAGGAUAGCUAAGCUCACUGGUGUGAGAUGGGAUGAGUUGCCUGUGAUGCGUCCUCUAGCCGGCCCUUAUUACGAGGACCUCUUGGACCAGAUCAAGGGCGCAGAACAAUGCCUCAUUUGCUUCACCGACCAGAAGGAUUGGAAUGUGGCGUGCCCGCCGUGGAUUUUAGGGGAUGAAGAAAUAAGGAAUGUUCCUGUGGGCAUGGUGGUUUUUGAUGUGUCUUUCCGCUUCAACAAUGUCCAUUAUGGACGAAUUGCCCUAGGCUAUGACAUUGGAGGAAUUGCGGCUUUCAUCUUAGCAACCAACGUGGAUCGAUUGCCCAAUGUGCAUUUCCACAAUUUCCCGGAUACGAUUGAAAGCAUCAGGCACUACCACGAUAGCCCUCCCGACAACGUCGACUUUGAAAUCACCGUGCUGAUAGUGACUUGCUCGGAGGUGGAAUUAGUAGCUCUUCUGCUGAGCCCUGAAGUGCCCCUGGCCACUAAGGUCUUGUCAACGUACUUGACCAUGUUCCCCAAAACUGGUCAUUUGUUCCAUCAUUCUGUGACCCAAAUCUCAUUUCACUCCUUUUCGGCCUCCUACGAGAUAGACAUCGAGGCGGUACGGGACUUGCGUUGUUCGGAACGAUACCAUGCCUUGACAGCCAUCUACUCCCUCGGUCCGGCCUUUUCUCGUCAUGAUAAACUGAGGGAUCAGUUGUAUGACGGAUACAGAACUGCUAAGAAGACUGCUAACAUCAGGGAGAUGACAAAAGCUUCCUUCAUGGCAAUUUACGACAAGUGCGAAAAUCUUGUCCAAUUCUUGACGCCUGCGGUUCUGGAUUAUAUUGGACGGAUCUUGGCCUUGAACACGAACAAAAAUGUGGAUUUACAUGUUACCACACCUAAUUUGUUGCCCCAUGAUCAGGCUGCUGAUUUAUGGGGUUGUAAUAAGUGGAGCAAGGCGCUGUACAAGCAAAUUCGUUUAGUGUACCAGAGGCAUGGUCUCACCACCAUUGAUUUGGCUGACAGAGCCUCGACCUUAAUUGCUGCAAGUAUACUGGAAAUCGAGCCAGAGCUCCAAGAAGAAAGAGAUGCCUUAUAUGCGGCUGUUGCUUUAGCCAAGGAUAAGCCUUAUAUUGGCAUGCAAAGAAAACACAUUGAUGUCUUGAAUUUUACCAAUUUUCCGUUUUGGGCAGUGGUGGGGGCCGAAUAUCAUGGCAUUAGUUUGGAAGAAAAGGAAGCUGAAGAGUGGAAGACGUUCAAUACAGACUGGCUAAUCGAGCACUUUGCCUUUGUCUAUCAGAGAGGGAUUGCCUCAAUGAUGGCUCGGAGUAUCCCCAGUCCAUUAAUGAUCAAUGCCAUUCUAUUUGCCAAAGAGAACGAUACCGCUAGGCUGGAGAAGGCCCUAUCGUCCUUGCCUGCCAAUUCUGUGGACAUCAUCUACUGGACACUCGCUAAGGACUCAGAUCCCGGAUUAUGGUACCAAAGAAAAUACGAAGAGAAGGCGGCGAAGUUAAGAUCUGAAAUGAGAGCAAUUGCCCUAGAGGGCCAUGACGUGAGGAUGAAGUGCUUCAUGGAUUUCGUGGAUGCCGAGAUAGAGGCUACUGAUAACCCCGCAAGGAAGAAGACCUUAAAAGAUUACAAGGCGGGGAAAAUCGCCCAAGCUAAUGCAGCGAUUAAAAAGUUCGACGACGCGACUUUCAAGAUGCCAUCUCCCCGUCAAUAAACCGAUUCUGUUGCAAAGGUCACCAAGAACCUGAAUUUGUCCGUUAAUAAACAUUUUGUUUCGCGUG